AGGAAAUGACAGAACAAAAGAAACAGAAAGACAUCAGAUCACAAAGCAGAUGUGAGGAUCAGUAGAACUUUCCUCAGUGAGAUAGACAGAGCAAAUUUCAACAAAAGUGUAGGAGUGGAAGUGAAGUGAAGCUGAAUUUCAUUCCAGAAUGAAGAUGAAGAUCCUCCUCAUCAUCAUCCUAUACCUGAUCUCAGGUCCAGUAGACUGCACUGAUGUGAAUGGUUACUCAGGAGGAAGCGUCAUUAUCAUCUCUGAUAUACAGUGGUACAAACACAACAGAAAAUAUAUUUGCAAAGUGAAUGAAAAAGACUGCACUGAUAUAAUACGUGCUGGCACCAAACGCUCUGAAGUUCAAGUUGGAAGAUUUGAGUUGUACUCAAACACAGAAAACCACUUCAUAGUAUUGAUCAGAAAGCUGAAGCCACAAGAUGCUGGAACGUAUAGAUUUGGAGUAGGGGAUCAGAGCAACUCCACUGUGACCCUAAAAGUUCAUAAUAAUACAUCUUCAGGGGUGCCAAAAAUAAUGAGUGCUUAUCUUGGGCAGAAUAUCACCAUCACCUGUAACUAUCCAGUGGAGUAUGAAAAAAACACCAAAUAUGUCAUAACAAUCGAUGAUGACACUAAGACUGAACGAAUUCUUGAUACUAAAAUAAAAUAUCAAAACGGCAGAUUCUCCAUUUCUGAUGACAGAAGUGCUAAAGUUCUCACUGUGAACAUCAGCGACGUGAGAGAAACUGAUGAGUUAUUUUAUUUAUUUGGCGUGUGGAAUGGAGGGGGGUCAGUCAAAUAUUACUCCUACUUUAGAGAGAUGUGGCUACAUGUUACAGGCACCUACCUGAUGUCCUCAGCAGCACCGAGUGCAGCUCCAUCUGCAGUGUGUUUCAGUUCCUCUGUUAUCAUCAUCAAUGUCUGUGUUUGUGCGGCACUGCUGCUGAUUGGAGGAUGUGGACUAAUGAUGAUCUACAAACUGAAACAGAAGAGAAAACAAGUUUAUGACAAAAAAAGAAAAUUUUGUGACAAACAUUCACACUCACACACACAUACACACACACACACACAAGUGAGUGAGUUGUAAGUUGUGAGUAUGUCAGUGUGUAAGCAUGACUGUGUAAAUCUGAGUGUGAGUAUGAGUGUGCUCUGCAAGUAACAAGUGCAUUGCUUGAUGUAAGAAUAUGAUAUUUUGAUGAUAAUUCUAUAAUGUGAUAUAUUGAAACAGUUUAUUGUGAAUAGAAUUUUGGGAAUUUCCUUAUUCAUAUAAAAACACAUGACAAUAUUAAACUGAAGACUGAAUUCAUUACUGUGAGAGGAUGCAAGUGACAAUUAUCUUUUUUUUCUGCUUUCAGCUUCCUCCUGAUUUUAACAAUCAUUCCGCUUCUGUGUAUGAAAACAUUGGAACGAGUGCACUAUUAAACUGCAGCAGCAAAUUAAUCAGUCAGAACUUCCUUCCUGAGCUGUUGAACUCUGUUCUUAAUAUUAUGAGCUGCAUCUUAGAGGCUCAACUCUCAACUCUGUAGUGAGUCUCUCUUCACUUCUUUAUAGGACUGUGAUCUAAAAAAGCAUGUUGAUCACAAAUCCAUACUAGUUCAUUGACAAGGUUCUGGAGGAUCGCUAGCCAUCCUGUGUGUGUGUGCGCAUGUGUAGAUGUUGUUGUUCUUGUUAUUUGUUCUUGCCUUUGUUUUCUUAAAUAUAAAGUUGACUAUUAUAGUUCUUCUUUACUUCUUUUUUAUGUAAUAAUUUUUAAUUAACCAUUUAUCUAUCUUUUGGCAUGAUGUUUAAUUCUGAGCUUUAUUCUGCACUGUUAUUAGAAGUUUACUUAUGAACCUCUGUCAUGAGUCUAGCUGAUAAUAGGAAAGACAUUUAGUGAUGUCAUCUUGUACGACACAUCGAAUGUCUUAUUUUGGUUAUGCUGUCGAUGCUUAAGAGAUCUACAUGUUAAUGAAAUUCUCCUUUGCUAUAUUUACAAAUCAUUAUCAAUAAA